CGAGCCGACGGGUACAGCUGCACCAAACUGAACUACAGCAAGCCCGAUUCCUCCGUGCUGUACGAGAAGGAGGCGUCCUUCGUGGCCGUGUUGGAUGACGACUACCAAUCUGACUCUCCAGGAGACUACCAGCAUGACGACUACCAACGAGACGACUACCAGCGGGAUGACUACCAGCGCCUCGAUUACGCGCGCGACGACAAGUACAGCGACUACCGACGAGACGACUACCAGCGCGACCUGUCCAGGCUGGAGGACGCCGAGGACCAGCCCCACACGGCCGAGCUGCUGGAGGACCCCUCUCGGCGCAAGGGCAGCAGCCAGCUCAUCGACAGGGCGGACAUCCUCAACUACGACAGAUAUAAGACUGAGCAUGACUCCAGCCAGGAGGACCUUGGAGCUGAGGAGGAAACCGGCCCGGAGACUUUCCUGGAGCUGGACACCCUGGACCUCUUCCAGCCGUUCACUUCGCCUGGACCCAACCUGGAGCAGAAGGUACCUUCCGAGCUGCCCAACCUCCAAGCCACCGAGAGCCUCACACCCUUGUGUGAAAUGGAUUGUGGAAAAGGACAUUGCCAUGUGGAUACUCAAGCUGGCAUCUCAAGGUGCAUGUGCCCCCUAGGACAUGCAGGCCGCUAUUGUCAUCCAGGUCCUCAGAUAGAAACGGCAAGGUUCCACGGCUCUUCAUGGGUGGCCUUUGCCCCUCUUCGGGAAGCCUACAGGGACGUCCAACUCACGCUGGAGUUUAAGCCCGAGAGUCCUGAUGGUGUCCUGCUGGUGUCGGGGGAGAACGACGACCUCAGUGGGGACUUCAUGGCUGCAGUGCUCCUCAAUGGCUAUGUUGAGUUCAGAUGGGACUGUGGUUCAGGUGCCGGGUCCGUCCGCUCACCCGAGGGAGUGCACAUGGGCGAGUGGAACCGACUUACUGUGUAUCGGCACCGUUGGGAUGUUUGGCUGCAGCUCAAUGAUGGCCACCAUAUUCAAGGCCGCUCUGAGGGACUCUUCUCAAGGAUCACUUUCCGCGAACCUCUUUAUGUCGGGGGCUCCAACAACCUGACAUCACUUGCAGUGCGUCUUGGUGUGACAACAGGCUUACAGGGAUGUGUCAGACGACUGCAGAUCAAUGAUCAUGUUUAUCGUUUCCACAAGAAUGAUGCUCUUAGGGAACCCAAUCCCUUGUCGGAUUAUGCUGCUCUUGAUGGCUUUGACAUAAGUGAAUGCAUAGGUGAUGCUUGCAGUGAAGUAGAAUGCCAGCAUGGAGGAAAAUGCGUGGCAUCAGUUCAGGACACCAGGAACAGUUCCAAUUUAGCCGCUACACCUCCACCUGCUUUCUUUCCCCCUCCACCAGCUGCUCCUAUAUGUCUGUGCCCACUUGGCUAUGCUGGGGAUUUCUGUGAAAAGCAACUAAAUCUCGAGGUUCCUUCCUUCAAUGGCUCUGCCCACCUGGUAUUCCCAGCACUUGGAGGUUCUGUCUUAUCAUGGCUUGAAUUGGAAUUAGUGUUCCGUGCAGCCUCCACAGACGGCAUCAUGCUGUAUGAGGGACAUCGAUCAGACGGCUCCAGUGACUUCAUUGCUGUCACACUCUCCCAGGCCCAUGUUCUGUUCACGAUUGAUUUGGGAUCUGGAAUGCUAACGUUAAGGUCAGCCUACCCAAUCCGUCCUGGCGUGUGGCACUCAGUGCGAGUCUCUCGGACUGGCCGAUGGGCUUGGUUAUAUGUUGAUGACCAGCCUGUUGUGAGUGGUCUGACCCCUGGUGGUUUCACUAUGCUGUCUCUCUCACAUCCUCUAUAUCUUGGAGGUAUUCCACCCACCUCAGUCUCGCAGCCAAUACUACCAGCAUCGCAGGCCUUUGUGGGCUGUAUACAAAAGUUAUCACUGAAUGGACGACCAAUCCACUUGGUAUCUGGAGCAGUGUCUGGCAGUAAUGUUGGAUCUUGUGAUCACCCUUGCUCCGAGCGCCCAUGUGAUAAUGGUGGAGUAUGUGAGCCACACGGCCCUACUUACACCUGCCGCUGCCCUCUGGGAUUCAAGGAUGAGCACUGCAGGAGUCGAGUGGUGACGCAGGUUCUCACACCAAGUUUCAGCGGACGUUCUUUCCUGAAGUACUCAGAUCCAGAGAUAAUGAAGCGAGUGUCAGGUGACAAACUCCAUUUGUGGUUAAGAUUCCGCUCCCUGACGCCCAAUGGCCUCCUGAUCUGGGCUGGAGAGGAGGAGGACGAUGGAGAAACUGACGUACUGAUCCCACCUAUUGGAGAUUCGCUGAGCCUAGAGUUGCAAGAUGGACGUCUUGUGCUCCGGUACAACCUUGGCUCUGGGUAUGCUAGGCUCAUGUACAAUAACAGUGGUCCAUUGGAUGAUGGGCAGUGGCACACAGUGAGGAUUUCCAGGUACGAGAGAGAAGCCCAUGUGUCUGUUGAUGGUGAGGACCAAAUUGUAGUUGUCUCUCCAGGUGAUCUUGUGCAACUUAAUGUUGACUCAUCACUCUAUGUUGGUGGGCGCGAAACAUUCCGAGGUGCUCACAGUGGCUACAUGACCCCUGGACUGACGGGCUGCAUAGCUGACCUGACUCUCGCUACAGACUAUCAUGUAGAUCUUAUAACUCAGGCAGCGGCAGGGCAAAAUAUUGAUUACUGCUGACCGGGCCGAGGGUAGGUGGGAUGUGGAAGAUGAAAAGAGAGAGAGAGAGAGAGAAAGAGAGAAAGAGAGAGAGAGAGAGAGAGAGAAGAAAAAAAAAUGCAAAGAAAUACCCAGAAAAGGAGAAUGUUAGGAGUUGGUAAAAGCAGUCAAAUUGCAGCCAUUAGGAAUAUUCCUUUCAAUAACAAAGGUAUUUGGGAGUCAAGGAAAUAUAUCUUUAUGUGGGAAUGUUAUUAUGUCUGAGAUGUUCCUGAUGUUUAUGUAUGAUGUUUUGUUAGAUGAUAUAAGGAUUGUGAAUAGUGAGCCCUUUUUUCUGAAUCAACUGUCAGGGCAAGCUAUAUCAUAGAUUUAUAUUUGAUUGUGCAGAUUAUACUCUUGUUGACAGUGAAUGCAUGUCAUAUAAGUAAGAAGUCAGGUCAGUGAGAAUUUACCUUAAUACUCACUAUAAUAGUGUCAGUUUCUUAUGUAGUGUGAAUGCAAAACUCACCUUUAUCCUCUUCCCACACAAGGUUCAUAAUCACUGACCGACUUCAGAAGCAUAGAUGUAUUUUGCAAAUGCCACGAAAAUGUUCUUGCCAUAAUCUGUAGCAUCUCAGAAAUGAUUCAUUCCAGUUCAUGAUUGUGUUUUUGUGUGCUUGAAAAAAAGAUGUAUGUAUAUGUAUGAUAUGUACGUACUUGCACUCAGAUUUCAAUAAGUUAUAAUUCAUUUGCUAAUGAUCAUUUUCAUAUUGAUGUAGCUAGAAUUUAGCAGUGGCUACCACUCUGGCAUUUGGAUGUUUAGUUUCAUGAUUCCCCCCCCCCUCCCCCCCAGAAUGAUAAAGUGUGCAACGUCUAUUAUUUUACCUUUGGUGAAAAAAGACAAAUUUUCAAGAGUGUUCUCUGAAUGUGAAAAUAUAUUUAUGUGGCCUGUUCAUUUCAUGAUUUGACAGAUAUGGAAAAUUGUGCUAAGGAAGUCACAUCUCUUAGUGAUUGUAUGGAGAAGAAUCAUCAGUUAGAUGGAUAUUAUAAUGAUAUAUUUUAAGGUGUUAUUCAUAUUAGCUAUCAUUAGAGAUAUUUUUAUUUCUGUAUAUAUGAAGUAUUGAGCACCUUUCAUAAUUGCUUAAAUGAAUGUAACAUUCAUUUCA